UGGUUACAUUAUAUACUCUGUGCUUUUUGUUAUCAACUGUUAUGUCAAGUCAAAUAAGAUCUGAGAUUUGGUAAUUGGUUAGAAUGCAGAAAUGUCUCUUAAAAUAUCUAAUUUAUUAAAUGUAUUUAUAGUAUAUUUAGUUACAUUUACAACAACAUGCUAUGCAAAUGACAUAUUAGGAUGUGGUGGUUUUGUGAAAAGUCAUGCGAGCUUGGAUUAUUCCAAAAUAGAGAUCGGCUUGUACACGAAGGAAGGUAGCUUAAAAGAGAAAACGGAAUGCGCCCCUACUAAUGGAUAUUAUUUUUUGCCAUUAUAUGAAAAAGGCGAAUACAUAUUAAAGGUGCAUCCUCCCGCUGGGUGGAGUUUUGAGCCCUCGCAAGUUGAACUCGUAAUAGAUGGCGAGACAGACCAGUGUUCUACUGGUCAGGACGUAAACUUCUCUUUUAAUGGUUUUGGUAUAACUGGGAGAGUGAUCACCGCAGGACAAAAGCAAGGGCCAAGUGGAAUUGAUAUCCAACUCGUUAACGAGAAAGGUGAUGUUAGAAGUACAGUAACAACCACUGGUGGUGAUUUUCAUUUCACACCUGUUAUACCAGGAAAAUAUUUAGUUAAAGCAAGUCAUUCUAAAUGGAAAAUUGAGCCAUCUCAGACUGAAGUGCAAGUGAAGGAAGGCAAUACAGCUCUGCCAGUGGGAUCUUUGACUGUGAAGGGCUAUGAUGUCUCAGGAUCUGUCAUAUCUUUCGGCAGCCCUAUCAGUGGAAUCUAUGUUCUGCUAUAUUCAAAAGAUGAAAAUCAAAAAUUCCGAGUGGAAGGAUGUAAAACUGCCCUACUGCAAGGAGUUCCAGAUGCUCCAAUUUGUUACUCAGUAACAGAUGCGGCUGGCGAAUUCAAAUUUGGUCUAGUACCUGCUGGGGAGUACAAGCUGUUGGCUAUGACCAACUCUCCUGGUCAAGUUCUUGUCACAUACAAUAUCAAACCGGAUGCUGUGCCUUUCACUGUGCUUCAUGACAGUUUAUACAUCAAGAAUGCUUUUGAAGUGACGGGGUUCAACGUGCGCGGGCGGGCUCUGCGCACUGCGGACGGCGCGGCGGGCAUGGCGGGUGCGCGCGUGCUGCGUGGGGGGCGCGCCGUGGCCACCACCGACGCGGACGGCUGGUUCACUCUCACGGGCCUCAAGCCAGCCACCUACACUCUCACUUUCCAGCAUGAGGAGUGCGAGUGGGACGAGGUGCAGCUGGUGGUGGCGAGCGGCGGGCCGGGCGCGGCGCUGCGCGCGGCGGCGGCGCGCUGGCGCGUGUGCGGGGACCUCGCGCCGCCCGAGCCGCGCACGCUGCUGCUGCGCCCCGACCUGCGCCCCGACCUGCGCCCCGACCUGCGCCCCGACCUGCGCCCCGACCUGCGCGUGCGCGCCGGCGACGACGGCAAAUGGUGUGCGUUUCUACCUCCGGGCGAUUACACGGUGAAGGUCGAAGUGAGUGAGCAGGAACAGAGGGAAGGUCUCCAGUUCUACCCGGCGGCGCAGGCGGUGCGCGUGCUCGGCGCGGCGGCGGGCGGCGGGUCGUUCGGGCAGGUGCGCGCGCGCGUGGCGGGCGCCGUGCGCUGCGCCGCGCACUGCGCGCGCCUCGCCGUGGCGCUGCGCCCGCUCCAGCCCGACGGCGGCUACGCGGGCCCGCCGCGCUACGCGCAGGUCGUCGACGGCGAGUACAGCUUCGAGGAGGUGGUGCCGGGCGGCGUGGAGCUGUCGGUGGAGGGGCCGCACCUGUGCUGGGAGCAGGCGGCGCACAACGUGGCCGUGACGCAGCGCCAGCACACGGCGCCGCCCUUCCGCCUGAGCGGGCUGGCGCUGCUCGUGUCCGCGUCGCACGCGCUGCAGCUGGACUACGAGGGCCCGACGCGCGGCGUGCUGGCGGUGCCGGCGGGCGACAGUCGCCAGUGCCUGCCGCCGGCCGAGCGCUACACGCUGACCCCGCGCGGCUGCCACCGAGUGCAGCCCGCCAGCGCGCUGGUGCAGCUGGGGGGGCCGGACGUGCCGCGAGUGCGCUUCGUGGCGACGGCACACGCGGCCGUCGUCGAUAUAGUCUCCCCGGAACCUGCGACGGACGUGGUCCUCCAGAUCGUCAAGGACGGGCAGCGGCUCGAGGAGGUGCCUCUGCAGCCGAUCGAACGGGAUGGUGUAUACGUGUACGAGCACACCAUGUAUUUGGAGGAGGGCUCGGUGGCGACGGUGUCGGCGCAGUCGUCGUCGCUGCUGUUCAGCCCGCGCGGCGCCGUGCGCGUGUCGGGCGGCGCGGACUGCGCGCGCGUGCUGUCGCUGCGGGCGGCGCGCGCGCUCGUGCUGGCCGGCCGCCUGCAGCCCUCCGUGUCCGGCGUGCUGCUCACCCUGGAGGGCGGCGAUGUAAAACUGACCCAGACGACGGAAGCAGACGGCAAAUAUAGCUUCGGUCCGUUGGACGCGGACGUGCAGUACACGGUGCGGGCGGAGAAGGAGUCCUACGCCUUCGACGAGCCCGACGAGAACGGAAUAAUCGUUGCGCACAAGCUGGCGGAGAUCGCCGUGACGCUUCGCGACCGGGCCGACCACGCGCCGCUGGAGGGCGCGCUGGUGUCGGUGUCGGGCGGCGCGUUCCGGCGCAACGUGGCGUCGGGCGCGGCGGGCGCGCUGCGCUUCGCGGCGCUGUCGCCGGCGCAGUACUACGUCAAGCCGCACAUGAAGGAGUACCGCUUCGAGCCGCCGCACGCCAUCGUCGCCGUGGAGGACGGCCAGGAGCACCGCGUCGCCUUCGAGGGUAUCCGCGUGGCGUGGUCGCUGCUGGGCCGCGUGGUGUCGCUGGGCGGCGCGGGCGCGGCGCGCGUGUCGCUGCGCGCGCGGCCCGCCUCCCCCCCCGCGCAGCCGCACUGCGCGCAGCAGGACGCCACCUCCUCCGACACGGGACACUUCAGAAUACGUGGCCUUUCGCCUGGCUGCAUGUACGUCGUGGAGCUGAAGGAGUCGGUGGAGCCUGAACUGGCUGGCAUCGUGCUCGCAAAGCAGCCGCCUCCAUUUGAAGUCAAAGAAAAAGAUAUCGAAGACGUCCGACUUAUAAUCAUCCAACCCAAUCACUUAACGGAUGCGAACGUGUUAAUCCGGACUCCCAACAUUGACCACUACAAGACUCUCAGACUGACCCUCGCCUUGGAGGCGACCCCACACACCCCUAUAUAUACAACGAAGCUGGAUCCACUCGGCUACAACCAGUUCAAUAAUCCGGGACUAAUGUACACUAUGCCGAGGUUGCCGGCGGACAAUAAGACUUAUGUCCUUCAAAUAGAGUCAACUUUGUCGAAAGUAAGCCAUUCGUACGAGGAGCCGGUGUUCUACUUCAAUUCAGAUGGGAAAUUUAGAUCUUUCGAUAUUGACUUUGAACCAAAGCUGCGCUCGUCGGAGCAGGAGCUGCGGCACAGCCCGCUGGCGCUGCUGGCGCUGCUGGCGCUGGGCGCGCUGUACUCGCAGCGCGCGCGCCUCGCCGCCCUGCGCCCGCUCGCCGCCGCGCGCCCGCGCCGCGCGCCCCGCGAGCGCUCCUAGACUACACCGGGGCUCGGACACCUGCCCUGUUUCCACUUCUAAUACUCUCGUAAAAUGAUGAUUGAUGAAUGAUCCACGCCAUUCAUGGACUUUUAUUUGUCACCUUUAAUAUCUGACUACAAAAAUACUUAUUAAUGUAAACCUAUAAGCCUAAAUGGAUAAUAAUGGCUGAAGUGAAACGGCGGGCGGUGCUGGUCAUUGUAUUAUUGUAACUCAGGAGACAAAUAAGGAGCUCGAGGUAUUGCUGGUCUCAAAAGUAGUGCCCUGUUGUGAAGAAUUGUAAAUACUCCACGUGAAUAAUUAGUUAACUUCAUUGAAUUUAAAAAACACGUUUCAGUCAUUGAGUACUUCAUCUAUUUGGUUCUGUGUUUUUGUCCAUUAAAAUAAGUAAUUACAGAAAUCUUUUGAUAUAACAAAGUCAUUGUAAACAUUCCACUAUGGAAUUAAUUUUUAAAAAUAUCAAAACGGUAUUAUUAUUUAUUAAAUAUAAUAAUUAAACCAAAUGAUAGGAACAAAUUAUUUAAAUAAAAACGAAUUAUUCCAUGAAUUAUUAAGAAUGUAUUAAUUUAUAAAGGUUGUUUUUUUUUCUAUAUAAUUUAUGUGUUGAUGUGGUGAUGAGUAUUCCUUAGAUAUAAAUCUGAAAUAAAAGGUGUGUGGAAUGUG